AUGGCUUGUACUUUUAGCGACUCGAGACGACUUUUCCAGGAUCUCGCUUCUUCAAGAGACGUUGAAGGGUUUCAAUUCAGCGAGAAACUUGGAGAUUAUGUUGUUUCUCGAUACGAUGACAUCGUCUCAGUCCUCGAGAGACCCGAAUUAUUCAGUUCUCGGCCCACAGUGCCAGAGUUCCCACCAAUGGUCCGGGACCUAUUCGCCCACAAAGUUCCCGACAAGGGCACACUCCUGGCUCACGACAACCCCGACCAUGAUCGACUGAGGAGAAGCGUCGCAUCGUUCUUUGUGCCACGGAGGCUGGAGCGUUUCGAGCCAAUGCUUCGUGCUGCUGCCCAUGACAUGGUCGACAAGUUUGUCGAUCAUGGAUCAGUCGAAAUAAAAAGCCAAUUUGCAUUGCCUGUACCUUUGAGAUGCGUCGUGGCAGUUGCAGGACUUGAUCCGGCUAAAUGGGAGUGGAUUGGACUUUGUCUUUCGCUUUUCGGUGGCAUCACGAAGUCCGAAGAAAGGCUCAGCAUUCAUCAAAGGGCUGAAAACGUUUUAGAUUUACAUUCAUACAUCGCUACAGUCAUCGAAGAUCGGCGAAACGACCGGAAAGACGAUCUCAUAAGCCAUAUCUGGAACGAAAGAGAUGCCGGCGUCGUAGCAAUGACGGACUUCGAACAUCUUAGCAUGAUCCCAGGCCUCCUUCUCGCUGGCCAUGAGACCACGACCAAUGUACUGUCUAUGGGUCUGGCACAUCUGCUUCAUCACAAAUUGUGGGAACGGAUUUCAGAGAGUGAUGAGACUAGAUCAGCCGCCAUUGAAGAACUCCUUCGCUAUGAGUCAGCCAUAACAGGUAUGUGGCGCGUGGUCACAAUGGAGACGAGGCUCCAAGAAACGGUAUUUCAAACAGGGGACAAGCUUUUUGUGGCAUACAACUCAGGGAGUCGCGACAGCACCAAGUUCGAACACCCAGACGUCAUUGACGUCGACAGACUUCCCAAGGCACGGCAUCUAGGUUUCGGGCGUGGUGUUCAUGCCUGCUUAGGAGCCCCUCUUGCACGUCUCCUUCUAAUAACUGAGCUAUCUGUUCUUAAAGAGCGUCUACCCAAUCUGAGGCUAAAGACACCAUACGAGACGCUCAAGUACAACGAGGGUCCCGAAAGGCGUGGGCCAGAGGCAGUCAGGGUCUCCUGGGAUCCUCCGUCUCAUCAAGAUAUAACCCGUCGUGUUCAAACCAACUCAGCUAACGCGCCCGCUGGCAGGCCACAGGAUCUGGAUAUGGUUGUUAGUGAUGCGGUUGAGGUCGCAUCCGGCGUGAUACAGAUAACAUUACAAUCUGUCGAUGGCUCUGAGGUGCCGCGAUGGACACCUGGGGCUCACAUAGACGUCAAAGCGGGCCCAUUUGGCUUUCGUCAGUAUUCUAUCUGUUCGAACCCGGAUGAUCGCUAUUGUCUGAAAAUUGCUGUUCUUAAGGAGAACAACACCGGGGCUGCUCACUACAUCCAUACCAACGUGCAGCAGAACUCGAAGAUGAUUAUUCGCGGACCGAGGAAUAACUUUGCCUUCGAGCCAGGCUCACAAAGAACCAUCUUUAUAGCCGGUGGAACCGGUAUCACACCCAUUAAGCCAAUGGCGGCGGAAGCAAAAGCCAAAGGAAGAGAUUACACACUCAUCUAUCUCGGUCGCCAACGAGAUGCCCUAGCCUUUAUCGGAGAAUUGACCAAAGAGCACGCAAACCGUUGCAUCAUAUGGGUUACCAAUGACCAUUGUGGAAAACGCUUCGAUGUCGGCGUUUAUAUCCGGUCUCUUGAAAGGACUGGUCUGCGAGUCUACUGUUGUGGCUCCGAGGACCUGCUUGCGGAUGUGGAAGGAAACUUAGAAGACGCACCACUGGGUGUCUUAGGACUAGAACGCUUUGCCAUCCCUUCAGCUUCCAGCACAGCUGUGAACACUGCUUUCGAUGUUGUCCUUGGCCGAAGCGGCAAGGCUUUGCAAGUGCCCGAGGAUAGGUCUAUCCUAGAUGUGAUCAACGAGGCUGGGGCUGGAGUUAUGUCUACCUGGAACAAGGGUUUGUGUGGCACCUGCGAGGUCAGGGUGUUGAGUGGGCUGCCUGAGCACAGAGACGCGUUUCUCACAGCUGCGGAAAGGGCUGAAGGCAACACCAUCAUGACUUGGGUAUCGAGAUGCCGCGGGAGUAAACUUGUCCUGGAUCUCUGGUAA